CGUAAAACGUGAGGAACGGAAGGAAGGCGUUAGCUUCUCUCCCAAGAUGGCGGCGACCAUAGACAACAGCAAUGCCGUUCAGGCGACAAAGAGAAAGCACCUGGGGAUCCCCGAAGCCGUGUUUGUGGAGGAUGUCGACUCUUUUUUGAAGCAGCCGGGCAACGAGACGGCCGACUCGGCACUGAGGAAGCUGGACGAACAGUACCAGAAAUAUAAAUACAUGGAGCUCAACCUGUCUCAGAAGAAACUCAGGUUGAAAAGUCAGAUUCCUCAAAUCACCCAGACGCUAGAAAUCCUCCGACACAUGCAGAAGAAGAAGGAGACCACGGCGCCCAUGCAGACGCACUUCAUGUUGGCUGACAACGUUUACUGCAAGGCCUCGGUGCCGCCCACCGACAAAGUCUGCCUCUGGUUGGGGGCGAACGUCAUGUUGGAGUACGACAUCGACGAAGCCCAGGCGCUCCUGGAGAAGAACCUGUCCACGGCUUCUCGUAACCUGGAGACGCUCGAGGACGAUCUGGACUUCCUGCGAGACCAGUUCACCACCACCGAAGUCAACAUGGCACGAGUCUACAACUGGGACGUGAAGAGACGGAGCAAAGAGAACAUCCUCAAAUUAGCAGACAAGUCUUAAUAUCAGCAGAACAACGUCCUCGCACACACGCACACACACACACACACACACACACACCUCUUUCUGCUAACCAUCUUCUCCUUUAUCCAAUAAAAAAAAAAAAACACGUCCUGCGUAUGUUUCAACCUCGGCGGAUGUACGAGGGCGCGUUUGAAAAGCGCGCUGCUUGAUUUUUUUUUAACUCCUCGGGGUGAUUAAAUCAAACGCGCCUCGUCUCUCGUGCCCUCCUGUGAAGUCGAACUUCACUCUUUGUUUUUGUUAAAAGUAUUAUUUUUUUUUUCAAGUAAAAACCAAGCGAUCCUAAAGAGGCCAUUUGUUUUGUUUUUAAUGAUUUCGGGUUCUCCGUCUUUCACUCCUCGCCGACCUCUGUUUGACCUCAACGACGUUCCCGAUUUAUUUUGUGUUGGUUCUUGAAACAUUGCAUUUAGUCUCCGCCCCCACUCGGUAGAAUCCGGCUUGUAAGACGACAAAAGAUCACAGCAGAAGAACAGAAAGAAAGUGAGACGGGUUGAGUCUCCCUCCUCCUCCUCCUCCUCUUCCUCCUCCUCCUCCUCACUGUUCUGUCUGUAUUUAUUUGUCUCUCACUGUAUUCAUUAAACAAUGAAUGAAGUAAACAAAGAACAUUUGGGGCCGAGAGACGAGACCUCGACGUGGUGUUUUAUUCUUCUGGGGAGAACUCGUAACCUCUGAAGGUAAUUUAAAAAAAAAAUGGUAUACAGAUACACAAAUACAUAACAUUUAUACAGAGUAACUACAUUUAAAGAUGUACGAAGGACGACAACUGUCAUGCAAAUCAUUAUUAAGCAUCAAUUAGAAGAAAAAAAAUAUAUAUUCAAAUUAAGUCAUUAAUUAAUCCAAAAAUAAACAGACUAAAUUCCUAAAAGUAUGAAUAGUUUAUUUUUUUUAUGAAUCCCCUUUUAAUUAGUUCUAUUUAUUGAUUGCUUGACAUGAAUUUGUAAACACUUGUAUUCAUUUCCUGUUUUUAUUGUCUUAAUUAGACAUCAAUAAAUAAAAAAUGCUCUAUAA